CUCUUAGAGCUGCAAUACCGGAAAUAAAAGGUUGUGUUUAUGGUUUGAGUCAUCAAAAUCAAAUUUAUUUUAUUCAUAUCUACCCUAUUUAAAACAACAACAUAUAAUUAUACGACAUACGGUAAGUUUUUAAAGCGUUUGGUGUGUAAUUUAAUCACCUUAAAAAUACAAGACUGAGUAGGCUACUCGAACUCAAGUAGGCAAGUCGCUGAGUGUAAACUGAUAGUGAUAGUGAAUCAGAUGUAAAGUGUAGCCCCACUGAAAUCACUGAGCCAACUGAAUCACCUCAGACAUGGACUAAGUCCAGUGUAGUGUGGGCUAACUUUCUCUUCUUUAGGUAGAACUAGUUUUAUUUAAUUCCCAGUCAACAUGUCUUGUUUUUGUAACUUGACGUUGUAGGCAGGGAGUCUAACCCCCCUCCCCCCUCCAGAAAAUGGGAAGCAAAACUCCCUAUUUUCCUUGGACCCUGAUCAGUUCUGCAUGUAUUGGCUUCAGUCAGUGUUACUUUCAGACAAUUGGGGGGGGGGGGCAAUUCAGAUGAUCGGGUAGGCAGUGGCGUAUUGGGGGGGCCAUUCACCCCCAGCCCCCGGUGGCCUGUUUUCUUUUUCGAAGUGUCUACAAGAAAAUGGGAAGCAAAACUCCCUAUUUUCCUUGGACCCUGAUCAGUUCUGCAUGUAUUGGCUUCAGUCAGUGUUACUUUCAGACAAUUGGGGGGGGGGGCAAUUCAGAUGAUCGGGUAGGCAGUGGCGUAUUGAGGGGGCCAUUCACCCCCAGCCCCCAGUGUCCUGUUUUCUUUUUCGAAGUGUCUACACGUCCGGCGGCAUGUCACGGACAAAUAGUGCGCGAGAUAUACGUCCGGCGGCAUGUCACGUGACCGCCGGACGGCUAGUAGUUGUUAUUAUUCUGAACGAAGUGAUAUUUGGCAGAUAUUGUGUGGUCUUGUGAUAGAGUGGUCGCUUGACGUUAUUAUGAUUUGAGGAUCAAUAACUGGUAUAGGAUUGUUGUUUUUUUCCCAUUUUAAUUAAAAAUAUUUUAUACUAUAUUUAUAUUAUCAUAUUCAUCUGCAAUAGUAGUUGCAUGAGAAGUUUUUAAAUAUCUUGUAGCAAUUGAAACAAUUUAAAAUGAAAUAUUUUACUUUUAUUGGUUGCCUACUCCAUACUGGCCCCUAAUUUAUUUUAUGGAUUACUGGUACACAAACUCAAAUAACAAACUAAACAAAAAUGUUUACAAGCCACUUUCACUUAAGUUUUUUUCUAUUAUUUACAUUCAAGAUACUCAGUACAUUACUUGGUAGAGAAAUAGAUUUUAAAAUAAACAAUAGUUUUGAAUCAUUCGCAGUCACGUGACAAGGCUGACUGACAAGAUAUCUCUCGCCACUUUGUUACGGCGGUCAUGUGACUUGGUCGCCGGACAAAUAGUGUGGGAGAUAUACGUCCGGCGCACCGGAUGUGUAGACACUGCCUUUCUUUUUAAGUUUCUUUUAUGGUGGGACAGCAUUUUCAGCUAAAGUGUUUUUUAUCAUGGAAUGGGGAUGGUCAAAAUCUCCUCAAGGGCAACACUAACCCUAGUUACACCUUUUUAGGCAGUCCAUCUAUCAUGGUCAAAUUUGAGCAUAAUGUCUACUAGGGCCAGCUGUAUUGUCGUCACCUUAUCACUUAACAUAUAAUUUUAAUUCAUUCAGUUUGUGGUACCUUUUAGGGCAGGCCUGCACAACUCAAAAUGUAAGGCGGGCCAUAAUACUUUAUUAAAAACUUGUGCUGGCUGUAAUACUUAAUGAAAACUUGUGUGGGCUGAAAGAAAAUAGGACAGGGGGGAAAGCUAUUAAGAAAAUAAUAAAGAAUAUUUCGUUACUUUGUGGGCCGCAAUGUGGGUGCUGGCGGGUCCCGUGAGGCAAGCGGGCCAUAUGUUGUGCAGACCUGUUUUAGGGCAUUUGCUCCCAAAAUUUUUUUUAUCCCAUACCCCUUGAUUAUACUUAGUUUUGUUUUUAGUUAAAGGUGCCACAGCUGUCAUUUUGAUGAGUAGGUGGGCGGAGGGGGGGGGUGGGUACGACAGAAAUUGAGGGGCAAACAAAAGUGGGGAUUGGUCUACCCCUCCCCAGAAAAUUUUUGAUAAAUUCAAAAUCAAUGGGUGCAUUUUGGGUGUACCUGAAUUCAGUCUUUCUCUCAGAAACUUUGAUCCAGGCAUGGGACAUUACGUAGGGGUAUCUAUCAGCAUGCAAUUAGGCAUUAUGGCACCCAGUGCUAUACAACAUGAAUUCAUUCCAGUUGUGGCAUGCCCCAGGAUAUUCUUUUAGUUCUAUCUUAGUUUUGCUCUUGCAGUGUCAAGUUGAUAGGCCUAGGGGCAGGGGAGAGGGACAGCAGCGGGUGGGGGUGUCAUUGAACCCUACCUAAAAUAUUUUUUGGUAUUUUGAUUAAAUCGAAAUGCAGGGGUGCAUUUUUGUGCAUAGUUGAAUAUACUUUGCAAAAUAAUAUUAUAUAGGCCUUUAUAGCACUGGAAAAGUAGUUUAAUUCCUUACCAUUCAAAGUAAAAAACCACAGUUUUUCAGUUAAUGUAAGUUUAAACUUGGGGAUGCAUCUACAAUCGGGAUGUUGUAAAAAAUAAAAGAAAUAUUGACCUUAUGUGAAUGAAAUCAAAUAUAUCGAGUUUGACAACUUUCAUUGGUCCCACUAUUUUACAAAUUUUUAUCUUUGAACCUUUUAGUUUACUACUACACUUUAUAUUUAAAUUUUACAAAAAUUAAUAAAAAUGACAAUUUUGAUGCUUUUUUAAAAUUCUAAUUUGGUUUACUUUUUUUUUUUUUUUUUUACAAAUUUUUUUAGUUUUCCCAUCCCCCCCCCCCUCUCUUUUCUGAGAGCUAUCUGAAAGUAACACCCCACUGUUGGCUUGGUAUGAAUAUUAGUAAUGCAAAAAUUAACAGUUAAAAAUUUUUUUACUAUUAAAUAAAAAUGUUGAAAACAAACAAUUACAAUUUGGAUAAUAGCUCUAUAAUUUUCACAUUUUUCAGCAUAUCAUAAGGUCAAAUCCAGUGAUUUUUUCAAAAAUUUAAUUUUAGUUGGCCUAUAGCUAUUGUUUUGUGUUUUAUUUACAAAAAUCAACAUUUGAUGGUACCAGCUAAUCGUAAUAUUAUUUUUUCAACAAUCUCUUUUAUUUAUUUCCUAUAUUAAACCCCCACCCCCCAGGCGCACGCAUGCUUAAAGGUUAUUUGAAAUUUAAUAUUGGCUCUGUUACUUUUAUUAUUUAUCUACAUUUAUAAUCUAUCUAGCCAAAACUAUCAUUGAAGUUGAAUUGAUUUGAGAUACCAGUGUGACUGGUGUGUCUAGUCUUUGACUGUGGGUCAUCUAAUUGUUUUGUUUAAUUUAAUGAGCCUGUGGCUAAUUAAAUUGGGAGGGAAUUCCCUAUUGAAUGCAUUAGGGUCAGAGAACUCUUCAGUCUUUUUGCCAUUAAAAAAAAAAAUUACUUGCAGCACUUCCCGUAGCAAUCCAUAUUAUUUUGAUUAUGAUGUCAUCAUCUUAAUUUUAUUUUAAACGUUUACUUUAAUUAUUAGGCCUCAUACCUAGGGCAUUUUUCUUUCUGUUUGAAUUUAAUUUUUUUUUUAAAUUAUUAAAAAAACUAUGCAUGUCAACUUUGUUCCCUUGGUACACUGAGAUCAGAUAUGCAAAGAUGUUAAUUAGGAAUCCCAGCAAAAUUGUGAAUUUAACAUUUAAAUAAAAUAAAUAUAUGGAUACACACCUGGGUGGGUUCUUUACUGUAAUUUUUAAUAAAAAGUUGAAAGAGAUAUAUGACAAGAAGGGAAAUUUUAACAAUAAAAUCUUACAAUAUUGUGAUGUGUUGUUCAUCAAUAUAUUAUUUUAUUUUGAUCUGAACUUACAAAUAUUUCUUGACAUUUUCGUAAAAUCAUAAACUUAACUGCUUGGUGUUUAUGUAAACAUCUUUUAAUUUCCAAGUGUUGUAUUAUAUCAAUGUAACGUAUUGGAUCUUAAAAACAAUAUAUUAUUGCAGUAUCCAAAAAGUAUACUGUACAGAGCUACCAACUAACACUAAGAAUGGAAAGCUACAUUGAAGGUUUUGUUUUUUCAAUCAGUGCAUUGUUGUGCAGCCUGUUUUUAGUGCCACUGAUACCCUUUUUCUCAUUCCAGAAAUUUACACCAAGAAGUAUAAACAUUUUAGUCUGCAUCAAAGAUGUCUAUGAGCCCAAUUCCUCUCCAAGGUUCACUUCAGAUUAAGUGGAAUCCAAAAAAUUUAGAGAUCCGUACUAAAUCUGUUGAAAAGACACUCGAGCCUUUGGUUACUCAGGUGAGAUUUAAUAUGCCAAAGUCAAACUUUAUCUUUAAAAAAUGUUUCUUUCUAUAUAAUUCAAAGUUGCUACAUGUCACUUUCAGAGAAGAGAACAUAAACAAAUUGUAAAUAAAACUGUAAUAAAACUUUAGUAACUUGUAAAAUUAUUUAGUAUCUCACAUGAUAAAAAAUAUUUGUUUUUUAGUACACAAAGCUAUUGAAAUAAAACAAUUUCAUCUGAAAUAAAAUUGUACAAUUUUUCCCAGAAACUCAAACUACUUUUAGAAAAUGCACUUAUGUUGUGUAACUAUUUAUUAAUUUAAAAAAAAAUACAAUUCUAAGGACAUUGGUUAUAUUGUUUGCACUGGCUACCUGAACGAGUGAAACUAUGAUGAGCAAUGAUGAAGCAGGUUGAUAAACUCAUUCAAACACUGUUUUAUAAGUAAAAUGGAUUAAGGGAAUGUUUAUAAUUAUAAAGGUCCUUAAUAAUAUUUCCCUUAAUGUAGUUUACCUUAAGUACAUUGGGAUAACUUGAACUGUUUGAGCUGUUCCCUACAGGUAACUACACUUGUAAACCAGAAUGGGCCAUCAAACAAGAAAAAAGGGAGAUCAAAGAAAGCUCAUGUCCUUAGUGCAGCAGUGCAAAAAGCUAUAGAGAACUUUAUCAUUCAAGGGGAACAAAUUGCACAUGAUUACCCAGAAGUUGAAAAUGACAUGCUUGCAGCAAUUGAAGAAGUUAGGAAAACAGGUAACAAGCCAACAAGAAAUUUAGAAAUCAAAUGCUUUUUUUUUAACCUUAUUGUUUUUGAGUAGUUAAUUUGAAAAUUGAUAUCAAUUUGCUAGGCUAAAAUAACUUCUUGACUUUUUUUUGCAGGUGAGACAAUGGACGAUGCAUCACAAGACUUUGCUGCUGAUCCUUGUUCAUCAGCCAAACGAGGAGCAAUGGUGCGAGCAGCAAGGGCUUUACUGUCUGCUGUAACUCGUCUUCUGAUCUUGGCAGACAUGGUGGAUGUCCAUUUGCUCCUAAAAUCUUUACAUUCGGUUGGUAAAAUUUUGUAUGCUUUAAUGAAUUUUUAAAACAGUUCAGUAGAAACACAGUUAUCCAACCUAAACUGGAUCUUGUAAGGGUCAGGUGAUUAAGAAUGAUAAGGAACUGCCAAAAAAACAAGUUCUUAAAUGUUCUUAAAGUAAAAUAGACUACGGACUUAUUCUUGGAACAUGUACCCCACCACAUCAUCACAAAUUUAAGACCACCCCCCUCCACCCCAAACAAACACAUGUGACAUUGUUUAUGAAUGGCUCCUAAUCUGGAAGUCAAAAAAUCAAGGGUUGAAUAAUCAUGAAUCUGAUAAAGUUAAAACAUUUACUCUUUCUAUGAGACUAUAUGAAGUAAAUAUUCUUUUUUUUUUAAAAUAAUUUUUCACUGUUGAAAAAUAAAAAAUGACUUGAUAGACAUAGCCAUUUUGUAUGAGUUCUUUUGGAAAAACCAGCAAAACAUAUAUACCUAUUGUUUAAGGUUGAAGGUGACUUGGACAACAUAAGGAAUGCAACCAGUCAACAAGAAUUGAUGAAUGCUUUCCGUGACUUUGGGAGAGACAUGGCGGAACUGACAGACAGAGCUUCCAGGCGCCAAGCUGUAAUAUCUUGGUUUUGAUACACCAGAUUCUGAUAACUAAGACUUUAUAAAAUCUCAUCAUAUAAGUCUAAAUUAUAACCUUUCUAACAUAAGAGGAUAAUUGAUGUCUUAAAUUGUGCUGAAUUCUAUGUGGAAACUUUAUGUCUAACAGGAUUUGAAAGACCCCCGCAGACAAGAAGAGCUGGCUGCAGCAAGAGCUUUGUUGAAGAAGAACAGCUUGGUUCUCUUGACAACUUCUAAGGUAAAUAAAAAAAUAACUUUAUAGAAACUGUCAUUAUUUAAUCAGAAAAUAUUUAAAAUGUCCUUCUCUGUCUUAUUUUACAUCAUUUCAUAACAUAGCAAUAACAACAAAGUUAGAGAAAUAACCCAUUCGCAUUAAAAAGAGAUAUAAGGUUUAGGUUAAGAAGUGUAAGUUCAAUUAAAAUAUUUGAAUGAUAUGAUACAAUAUAUACCCAAAUAUUACUCUAAAAUAUCCUUGUUACUAGCUUGACUAGCUAGAAAUGAAAUUUUUAAAUUUGAUUAAACAGGCAUAUGUAAGACACCCCGAGCUGGCUGCAGCCCGUUCCAACAGAGACUUUGCCUACAAACAGGUUUGUGAUGCAGUAAAUGCCAUAUCUGACGUGGCUCAAGCAUCGGGACAGUCUGACUUACAUCCAUAUGAGGGGCCUGGUGAAUUAGCAGCUGCCUUGGAUGAAUUAGAUGUAAGUUUGACUAUCAACCUGGGACACUUUUUGUUACAUUGCCUUGUAGAAAGUCAAGGUUUUUCUUUUUUCUAUUAAAAUAUGCAUCAAGUGUUUUAUAUUAUUUGUUCUACUUUAUUAUCUAAAAUAUGAGUUUGUCUUUUUUUUUCUUAAAAGUUUAUACACUAUUUGUUGCACAGGGUACUUAACUAACUUAAAGACAGUUAAUUAUAUUCUUUUAAUUUAAAAUGUUAUGUAUAGAAAUGAAAUAAAUCAUCAUUGUUACCACAGCGUAAGAUAAUCAUGGAUCCUCUGAGUUACAAUGAAGUUAGAAGUCGGCCUUCACUUGAGGAGCGUGUGGAGAGUAUCAUCAGUGGCGCAGCUUUAAUGGCUGAUUCCUCAUGCACACGUGAUGACAGACGUGAACGUAUUGUUCAGGAAUGCAAUGCUGUCAGACAGGCUCUGCAAGAUUUACUGACAGAAUACAUGAACAAUGUAAGUUAUGUUAAUGAAAUAAUAAUAAUACUAUUACAUUGCCAAAUUAUCAUGGUUUUAUAAAAUAUUCAAACUUAACAGUUGUUUUUAAAAACCAGGAAAGUGCCAGAAGAUCAAAAGAUUUGGACACCCACCUGUAGAAAUUUGACAUAUACAGUAUCACCACUGUGUUUUUUAAAUUGAUUCUCUUUAACAGAAAAUCUGUUGCUUUCUACUAAACUCUCUUUUUUAUUAUUAUAUUUCUUUAUAAAUGUAAAGUAGGAAUUUUAAAUGAUUAGCCUCUUUACCUUCAAAAAAUAAUUUAUUACAUUAGAAGUAGUAUAUUUUUAAACAGUACAGCAAAUAAUUAAUAUGAAAAAUUUAACAGAAUUAAAGACUCCUCAUGAAACUUUGGGAGGAUGUUAUAUUUUUAAAAAACUUUUCUAAUAGGUUGUUGGUGUAGUACAUCCUUAUUUUAAAUGUAAGAAUGUUGGUUUGACUUAAUCUUUAAAUUAUAAGGAGGUCCUUGGUUCCGAUACCAACAGAAUUAAAAAUUACCAUUUUUUUAAUAGAAUUACUCAUAGAAUCUGACUGUUCUAGUUUAUUCCGAAAGCAAUUAUAACAAGUAUACAUAAUGUAUUUCUGAUUUAUUUUUUUUAGUAGCCAGAAAGUAUAUGAUAGUUUAUAUUGUUCCUUUUAAAUUAAAACAUUUUUGGAUGAAUUUUGUUUGAGAAACAUUAAGACGAAAUUAUAGCAGUGUUAAUUUUGGGUGCCAAUUUUUGUGCUCUGGCAAACUAAGACGUCUUAAUUAUUUAGUCGAAGAGAUUAAAUAAUUUAUUUUAAAAUAUUAACAUUUCUUUGAACAAUUUUUCAAGAUUUAGCUAAGAAUUUGAUUUUUUUUUCUUAAGUAUGCAAAUAUUUUUUCAAACACAUACAGCUAUUUUAAAAUUACGAAAUGUGCAAUUUAUAGAUUUGAAAAAUUCCAACUACUCAGAACUGAUAUCGUGGUGUAGAUUUUAAGCUCAUGGCAAUUUUCUUGGGUAUGCUGUAUCUUGUUCUCUCUUGUCACAUACAGUGUGGAAAGCCUAUGAUAAUGAACAAGGUAAAGGGUGCUGCCCCCUUUUGGUGUAAUUAACUUGUGUGCAUGUUUCAGGUGUGACUAAAUACUCCUGCCCCAAAAAGAGUAUACAAAUAACCUGUUACAUUUUUUGUCAAAGAUUGUCUCUUAACUAGCAUUGUAAGUGGAAGAGGAUUAUGACAUCAAUGAGUUGAUGUUGCUAUGCAUCUUAGGUGUGUCAUAUAAGCAGCAGCAUGAAAGUUUUCAUUUAAUGCCUUCUUGUUGACUUAAGUUCUAAAACCCACACUUACGGAAUAUGUUCAAUUGAAACUUAAACUUUAAUAUAUUUUUUCACAGAGGGGUGAUAACUGUAAAAAGUGUUGUAAUAAUGUUUGCUAAAUAUAACAGAAAUACUUCUGCUCAUUUUCAAGGAACAGAAGUUCAAGUUCAUCUUUUGUUAGAUUUUUAAAGUAUUUAUUUUCUUGAUUAUGUUGACAUAUUUCAGAGUAUUCCAUGUGAAAGGUAAAAAAAACAAACAAAAAGCACUAAAAAGAUUUUUAAAAUAUCGCUGAUGAUGCCACGUGUACAGCAUGUUGGCUUAUUUAACACAGUUGAGCAUGAAGUCACAGAGCCUUUUUUAUUUAAAUUUAUUCUCUAUUCACUUACCAAAUGUGUAUUUAAGAUAUAAUUUCCAUAAAAAUAAGAAUUGGAAUGCUGGAAUGAAGAAGAAAUUACAGUUUAUUGAACGUUCAAAAUUCAAAAUAUGUGUUAGUUUAAGACGGAAAUUUAAUUACCAAAAUUUUAUAGUUGGAAAAUUAUAUUUCUUAAACAGCAAAUAUUUUUUCACAUGGGCCCAGUGUUAUUUGAUCCAGAACUAUCAUUUGUUAAUCCAUUUUUAAUAUUUGACUUGAGAAAAGAAAAUGGUCCUGUAACAGGUUAUCCUUACGAAAUGAGAGCUGAUUUUUUUUUCUAGUAUGGAUUCAUUUGUUGCUAAUUUUGAAUGAGGAAUUUGAAGUGUUCAAUGAAAUAAAACAAUAUAUUUAGCCAUAUUAAUUUACUUUAAGUCAUAUUGACUCUCUCCAAACAGAAUAAAAGCACCCACUGCAAUGACAAUAAACUGAUAGAUUUGUAGCCCACAGAAAAACUCUUCACUGCCUUAUUGACCAUCUCAUUAGCAUGUGUUGUAAACAUGUAUUGCCAGUAUCUAUAAAUAAUAAUUUAAAUUUAAAAAGAAAUCUUGAUAUUCAUUUUAUAAUUUAUUUUGUUGUUCUGCUUUAUUUACUUAAUUAACAGAAAAUAGACUAUUUAAUUUCUAACCAAUUUAGAAAAAAAAAAAUAAUAAUACAUUUUUUUAAGGUCCAGUUAAAGGCAGUUUUAUUGAAAUCAGCCUUUGAAAACUGAAAAUAAGUUCUCCUAUUUUUUAGGCUGGCAAGAAGGAACCCAGUGAGGAGUUGGAACAAGCUGUUGACAACAUGACCAAGAAAACCAAAGAUCUAAGGAGACAAGUCAGUCAGAAAUUAAUCCUCUUUACUUUAUAUACUUUACUAGAGACCGACCGAAAGUGAUUUUUUUAUUUCGGCCGAAGCCGAAAAUAGGCUGAAAGUUUAAAAAUGACUUUCGGCCGAAACCGAAAAUAUGCCGAAAGUUAAAAAAUGACUUUCGACCGAAAAUUAACAAUUUAGAUAUUUUGAAAUUCAUUCCCCCAUACAUUCAGCAUACAUCGAAAAUGAUCAGGGAAAGUAUAAAUAUUUACAUUCUUUUUAUAAAAAAUGAGAUAAUCGUGAAUAUUAAUAAAUAAACAUCUAAUAUAACAUCUUGUUGUUAAAGAUCGUUUAGUUUGUUCUUAAAGAUCGCUUGGUUUGUUGUUAAAGAUCAUACAGUUUUUUGUUAAUGAUCGCUUUAUUUGUUCUUAAAGAUCAGUUAGUUUGUUCAUAAAGAUCGCUUAGUUUGUUGUUAAAAAUCGUUUAUUUUGUUUUUUAAGAUCGCUUAAUUUGUUCUUAAAGAUCGCUUAGUUUUUUUUUUAAAGAACUUUUAGUUUGUUAUUAAGGAUCAUUUAGUUUGUUCAAAACAGAUAGCUAAGUUUUAUCUUAAAGAUUGCUUAGUUUGUGUUAUUAAAAGAUUGUUUAGUUUGUGUUAUUAAAUGAUCGUUUAGUUUGUUCAUAAAGAUUGCUAAGUUUGUUCUUAAAGAUCAUUGAUUUUGUUCUUAAAUAUCGCUUAGUUGUUCUUAAAGAUCAUUCAGCUUGUUCUUAAAGAUCAUUUAGGUUGUUUGUAUAGAUCUUUUAGUUUGUUAUUAAAAAUCGUUUAGUUUGUUCUUAAAGAUUGCUUGUUUUGUUUUUGAAGAUCGCUUAGUUUUUUCAUAAAGAUCUCUUAGUUUGUUCUUAUAGAUAAUUGAUUUUGUUCCUUAAGAUCGAUUAGUUUGUUCUUUAAGAUCUUUUAGUUUGUUCCUAAAGAACAUUUAGUUUUCUGUUAAAGAUCGCUUAGUUUACUCUUAUAAAUCAUUUAAUUUACUAUUAAAGAUCAUUUGUUUUGUUCUUAAAGAUCAUUUAAUUCGUUCUUAAAAAUUGUUAGUUUGUUCUUUAAGAUUGUUUAGUUUUUAAUUAAAGAUUGCUUAGUUUGUUUUAAAGAUCGUUUAGUUUGUUCUUAAAUGUCGCUUAGUUUGUUGUUAAAUAUCGUUUAGUUUGUUCUCAAAGAUAGCUUAAUUUGUUCUUAAAGAUCGCUUUAUUUGUUUUUAAAGAUCAUUGUUUGUUAUUAAGGAUCAUUUAGUUUGUUCAAAACAGAUCGCUAAUUUUUCUCUUAAAGAUCGCUUAGUUUGUGUUAUUAAAAGAUCGUUUGGUUUAUGUUAUUCAAUGAUCAUUUAGUUCGUUCUUAAAAAUCGUUAAGUUUUUUCUUUAAGAUCACUUAAUUUGUUCUUAAAGAUCGUUUAGUUUGUUCUUAAAUGUCGCUUAGAUUGUUGUUAAAUAUCGCUUUUGCUGAGAAUUAGAUGACCGAAAACCUACGGCCGAAAGUCUAAGUCAAUUUCGGCCAAAACCGAAAAAAAAACGAAAGUUAACUUUUUUCUUUCGGCCGAAACCGAAAUUAAGCCGAAAGUUAACUUUAAGUUUCGGCCGAAAGUUAACUUUAAGUUUCGGCCGAAACCGAAACUUGGCUGAAAGUGAUAAAAUGGCCACUUUCGCCACCGAAGCCGAAAUUUGGUCGGUCUCUAAUGUCUACCUUAGCUAAUAGCUUUGUAGUAAAUUAUUCUUCUCUAUUAUUAUGCUAAAAUAUCAAGCAAUCACAGCAGACAUCAAUAAUAUUUUCAACAGUGAACAUCCCACCAUGUAUGACACAUUUAGUUCGCUGACUAUCAAUUUACCCAGCCACUAUUUUAAAUUUUCAGCUGCGGAAAGCCGUAGUGGACCAUGUUUCUGACACCUUCCUUGAGACCAAUGUUCCAUUGCUCGUUCUUAUUGAAGCAGCCAAGGCGGGCGAUGAGAAAGGUGUGGAGGAGUAUGCUCAGGUCUUUAUGGAACAUGCCAACAAACUUGUGGAGGUGAGAUCUUAGUUGUUAUUUAUAUGGUCAAGCUAUGGGAAUAGGUUUAUAAUUCAAGUAAAAUAACACUAGAGACUCUUGAGGAGAGGAUCUGGGGGAAAAUUAAUAACUUUUCAAUUAAAUAAACUAAUUAAAAACAUUUUAAAGACAAAUAAAUGCUCCGUUUGAAUCACUUUUGUUAUAUAAGUAAUUUUUCUCUGAUUGAUCAUGUUGUAUUAUUGUGAGUUUUUUACCAACAGGUGGCAAAUCUUGCCUGUUCCAUGUCAAAUAAUGAAGAAGGUGUCAAGCUGGUUAGGAUGGCUGCUGCUGAAAUAGACAGUCUUUGCUCUCAGGUCAGAAUGACAUUAAAACUAUUCACAGACUGGAGAAAAAACUGCAUGCCAGUUCAUAAAAAAGUAGAGCGUUGAGGACCUGAAAUAAAUAAAAUUUAUGUCACACUUGCAUCAUUGUGUCUAAUAAAAUGCAUCGAGCAAAAUAAAAUUUAUUCAUUUAAUUACACUUAAGCUGGGUUAAAAUGUGAUAUUUUUUUUUUUUUUUGUUUGUUGGUAUAAUCAGGUGAUCAAUGCCGCACGUGUCCUAGCAGCUCGUCCUCGUUCCAAGGCUGCACAGGAGAAUAUGGAUGUCUUCAAAGAAGCCUGGGAGAAACAAGUUCGUUUGUUGACUGAAGCUGUAGAUGACAUCACCACCAUCCAUGAUUUUCUUGCAGUUUCUGGUAAGUAGCAAUUCAUUGUUGACACAGGGAAAACCCACACAAGGAAUGUCUUGAUAUUUUAUUGAUAUGUCAAUAUAGAAGAAUUUAUUACCUUUAAGUUGCAUCUACAAAGUUUUGUUCUUAUUUCCAUGAAAUUUAUAAUAAUUUUUUUUUUCAAUCUCUCAAUUGUGAAAAUGACUAUUGUAAUGAAGAGACAAAAUAUGCUUUGACUAAUGUUUGAUAUGAAAAGGGUAAUGUAUUGUCUUAUGAAACUUGUAGGUUGAUUAUUUAUCUAAACAGAAGAGUUUCACUUCUUCCAAUAUAAGUGAGUAACAACUAUCUAGAAGGAAGGCCUAACUUAAAAAUCCCUUGUUUGAUGUUGAGCUCUUUAGAAACAAAUUGUCUUUUUACUUUGAUGAAAAUAUUAACAAUUAUAAUUGUCUCAACAGAAAAUCACAUACUGGAAGAUGUCAACAAGUGUGUUAUUGCCCUUCAAGAAUGUGACCCUGAUACACUGGAUCGUACUGCGGGAGCCAUUCGGGGCCGAUCUGCCAGGGUGUGCAAUGUGGUGUCAGCGGAGAUGGAUAAUUAUGAACCAGGACAGUACACAGAGCGGGUCAUGGAAGCUGUGAUGGAGCUUCGUGACCAAAGUCAGUGCUUGUUUAAUAAAUUUUAUUAAACUGAGCUUUGUUAAGUUUUUUAAUCAUAACCAUAGACAGCUAAUCUGAGUGUAUUAGUCUCUUAAAAAGUGUGUAAUAUCCAUACCUAGGGAUGGAAACAAAAUAGGAAGUUAGUAAUAGUUGCUACAUAAUUUUGUUUAUGGCGCACCGGAAAAUAAUCUUUAUUAAAACAUUCAUUAUUUAUGGCAUAGAAGCAGAAGGUCUUUGAGUAAUGUAGCUUAUGUUACCGACUGUCAUCAAAUCCAAAGUAUAGUUUGUGUUUUAUUGAGUAUCUAUGAAGUUGUUUUACUUUAAAUAUGUGAGUUCACACAAUAAAUAUCCUGAAAUAAAAAUAAAAUAUCUCUCCCUAUCUCAAUAGUAAAAUGAUCUGUCAUGCUAAAUAACUUAUUAGGUUUUAUGCAGUUCUUUGUAUUGUCUUGAGUUUUUUCAAAAAAAUUUAAAUGUGGAUAUUUUGUUUCAAGUCAUGCCCCAUUUUGCUGAAAAAGUGGAGAUGGCAGUUGAUGCCCUCAAUUGCAAUCCUCAAAGAGAUGUGGAUGAGAAUCAGUUUAUUGAAGCAUCUCGUCUUGUUUAUGAUGGCGUCAGAGAAAUCAGACAAGCUGUGCUUGCCAGCAGGGUAAACAAAUGUUUCGAGUUUCAUUACAUAGAAUAAUCAGCUGCCAUUCAAUGACAUGGAUUGGAAAUCUUAAGUGAUAAUUAUCCAUUAAAAUAAUGAAACAGUUUUGCAACUGAUUAAUUUGAAAUAUUUCAGACUGACUAUGAUGAUUCUGAUAGUGAAGUAUAUGAGAAUGAAGAUUAUGGCUAUGCACCAUGUAAGUUUUAUAUAAAAUAAUAAAUUUGAUAUUUUUAAGGUUUAAUUUUUUUCACACCUUUUCUAAAAAUUCAUGUAGAAAAAUGACACCUUUUAAAAUUUUAUUUGACUUCUGUUCACUUCAUUCAUGGUCCUUUUUUUUAAAUAAUUUUUUUAAUAAUUUUUUUUGUUGUUUUUUUUUUAAAUUAUAAAUUUUAUAUCCAAUCAUGUCUUAUUUGAAAUAUACCAAUAUUUUGGAAUUCUCAAAAUAUAAUGAUCCCCAAAGCUAAAUCACAGUGUUCAUUUAGACAAAAGAUACAAUUAUAUUUCAUCGUAAUCUUAAACAGACUUACUUCAUAAUAUAUAAUUAUAUUUAAUUCUAUUUUUAGCAAGUGUAGCCGACCAUGAUGAUUACUAUGGCAAGAGUGACAGAGCUUUGAUGCGUAGGUUGCCUGAAGAGGAAAGGGAAGUAAUUCAGCAGCAAGUGGAGCAGUUCAGGAAAGAAAAGGCCAAGCUGGAUAUGGAGGUUGCCAAAUGGGAUGACAGCGGCAAUGACAUUAUUGUGAUGGCCAAGCAGAUGUGCAUGAUCAUGAUGGAGAUGACAGACUUUACUAGGUAACAAAUCCUUUCUUACUUAUUUCUUGGGAUACUUGACAUCUAAAUUAUUAAUACCGGUACAUAUAAUUUGAAAUAUUUAUUGGUACUUCAGUGAAUUGCAUUUUUAAAUUGUAAUGUAAAUUAACUGGAUAUGCCACCAGUUUCAUAAUUAUUAUUAAAUUUAGCAAUGGUCAAAUUCUACUAUCAAAAAUCCGUCAGCCAUUAAUUAGUAAAGUAGCAUGUUUGGAAUGCCACCAAUUUCAGAGGUCGCGGACCCUUAAAGAGUACAAUGGAUGUAAUCAAUGCAGCGAAGAAGAUUUCAGAGCAUGGCACAAACCUUGACAAACUAGCCACUACAAUUGCUGAUCAGGUUUGUUUGCAUUUUUUUUAACUCUGUGAGAAAUUAAGUGCUAUCCAUUGGAUGAAGUGUUUAAAAAAGAAACGUAAGAAUUCCAAAAAUAACUUUUAUGUUAAAAACUGUAUGUAAAUUGCUGAAAUGUUUAGUGAGUUAUUAAAUCUAUUAGACAGAUGAUACAACAUUUAAACAGCUGGUAUUACUUUGAUAUUUUAUAAUACUUUAUCCUUCGCAACCAGUUUUACCUAUAAAAAUUCAAACUCCAUGUCCGAGAAUAAAUAUUCUAUAAAUUGUAAGCGUGACUAAAAUUGUUAAAUUUCCACAUUCUGAGUUAUACCUCUUGCUUUACAGUGUCCAGAUUCACAAUCCAAGAAAGAUUUGGAGGCCUACCUCCAGCGCAUUGCCCUAUACUGUCAUCAGCUCAACAUUACUAGCAAGGUCAAGGCUGAUGUCCAAAGUGUCAGUGGAGAAUUGAUUGUCUCUGGAGUAAGUCCUUUAAAAUCAAAAUUUACAUGGUCUAAGAGGGAAACAGUAUUAAAUUUCUAUUCUCACUCAUUGCAUAUUGAUUUAAAUGGUUGACCUUUUUUUAAAGAUGAGUUGUGAAGAAAAAUGAACAGGUUAAGAAAAAAUGUGUUUUAUUAAAGGGACUUUCAAAAAAUAUGUUGCUUUAUAGAGGAAGGAUAAAUUUUGUGUGGUAGAGUUAACAAAAACUUUACUAUGAUAUUCGUCAUCUAUCUUUAACUCUUGAAAAUUUCUUUAUGGCCGUUUUCUAUGAAAGCAGCUUGUGUAGAUAAGCAUUGUUCUUAAAGUUUAAAUUUCAUCAUCAACCUGUUCCUAUAGAAGGUCUUUCUAAUUUUAUCUUUAUCUGCAUAAAGGAUUUUAAUUUGAUAAAGAAAGCACUAUUUUGAAGAACAUUUUUUACAUAAAAUGAAAGAAAAAUGAAAAGUAACAGUCAUCAGAAUUUACAUUCUUCAGCACUAUAUAUUAAGGUCAUGUUAGGUUUUUCUGUGUGUUUGAGAUGUAAGACUAAAACUAAGUUAAUCAUUUAAAAAAUGGUAAAACAAAAAAGAGGGUCGCGCUGAUAUCCUUCAGCAGGCCCAAUAUGUGUGAUUGGUCGGAGCGUUCCUGCUUUUAAAAAGUAAAAAGAACUGUUCUUUUUUUCAAUAAUUUUUCUCUAAAUUUACAGGCUUUAUCAGAACAUAAAAUAUAUUUUUUUCAGAUUAAGUGUUACAAAGACAUUGUCACUGCUAGGAAGGUUUUAAUCACAUCCAAAAUUUAAAAUUAUAGUUUUUUCAAUUCAUGCCUAUAAUUUAUUUGUGUUAUGACAAGAAAAUGUUUGUAUUGUUUGCCUCCACUGUUCAUUGCAAAAUUCAUUUGUGGUUUACUGAAGUUUAAGGUUUAUAUUUUUCAUAGUUCAAUCUUUUUAACUUAAUAUGCAUUAAAGUAGUACGUUAUCUUAUCUUUCCUUGUAUCAGCCACUGCACAAUACAACCAUAAAGAAACGAACAUAUAGAAAUUGUACCAGUUAUUAAAAAAAAAAGAAAUGCAUUCAAAUUAGCAUUAAAAUAGCUUUUUAACAGUCGCAGACCUGUUUACCCUCAAACUCUUAAAAUCGUACAAUAUCAUCUCAAAAUCGUUCCAUACAUUAUCUUAAUAGUAAAGAAAAUAACCGUACAUUAUAUCUAAUGUAUACACCUCAAAAUCAUACAUUGUAUGCCAAAAUCGCAAGAAUAAACAGGUCAGUCGAUCUUUAAAUGACAUUUAAAAAGUCCUUUAAAAACAUAAAGUAAUCAAAUUGAUAUUUCCUUCAUCUCUGUGUAAUAAUCUACUUGUCAUUAACUUUAGCUGGACAGUGCCACCUCCCUAAUUCACUCAGCCAAGAAUUUGAUGAAUGCUGUAGUUUUGACAGUCAAAGCUUGCUAUGUGGCUUCCACUAAGGUAAACUUUGAUUAUUUUUUUUUAAAUUUUAAUACUGCAACCAAGCAUGUUUUUUUUUUGUUUUUUUGUUUGUCAAAGUCAAAUUUAUGAUUAUCACAAAGAUUACAUCAUAUACAUUUGAUAGUGCCAUGGAGGUUGACACAUAAUGUAAGUUUAUUUAUGUAACUUUGGGGGAUUUGAAAUAUUUCAAAUGGAAGUUGAGUAUAGUAUGCUUUUAAUUUCAAUAUAUAAUCUCUUUCAACUUCUUUUUUUUUUCAGUACAUGAAAGGAUCAACUGUAAGUGCCUUCCUUUCUAUUUUUAUUACCAGUUAGAUCAAGCAGACAAGUUAUAUGUGUUAAGAUUUUUUUUUAAAAUUUAAACAUAUGUUAUAUAGAAAACUUUUUUGACCUUUUUAUUCCGAUUAUUUGGAAGAGUGUAAGAUUCAAUUAUUUUAACCCAACAGAAAAAGCCUGUUGUGUUGUGGAAGAUGAAAGCCCCUGCAAAAAAACCAUUGGUCAGACGAGAGGAUCCAAGUGAAAUGAGUGCAAAGGUCAGGAAGGGUGCAGCGACAAGAUCAGCCAUUGAACCAAUCAAAGCCCUGAGUGAAUUUCAAGAAGUUGAUCCAGACAGUUUUUGCUGAACAACAUUUAGCUUUCAGACCAAUGCCUAAAUUAUGAUAAUUUUUUGUUUAAUGUAUGUAAUUUUUAAUAAUUUAAUAUUUUUUAAAGAAAUAGUGCUAUUUGAGUCUAUUUACUGUCUGUAUUAAAUCUGAGUAUGUGUUCAUUUUUUGAAGAAAAAAAUUCACUUAAUUUGUUAUGAUAAGAUAGCAUCAGCAAAAGCACAAAAAAUAUUUCAGUAGAUGUCACUAAAUAAAAUUAUGAUUAGCCUACCAGGGAGAUAUGAAGAGCAACGAGAAUUUCACUGGCUACACUGUGAUCCAUGAUUUGGUUUUAAGCACAGUUACAAUUUAAAUUUCUUUCUCUGGUUGUGUACAAAUACAUGUUACUUAAGCAUUUAUACAAAAAUUUUCAUCAUCAUCAAAUAUUUUUUUUAUCUGUAAUUAGCAAGCUUUUUAAUUCCUUCAUGUCAUCUGUAAUGUAAGUGUCUAGUAGUUUUAUUAGCAGAGAUCUGACCUUGACUUGAGACAGAGUCUUUAUAUAACUUAAGUAUAGUACGCUGUGUGUUUUGACUUAGACUGCACAUUUACUGUGUUUAUUUUAGUGUUUUUAACAUGUAAAUUGGUGGCAGGCAUGUACAUAUAUUUUUUAAUUAAUCAAGACCACACACACACAAAUUUAUGAACUGAUCUGCUGUCAGACCAUCCUCGUAAGUGGAAAUGAGCCUUCUAUCAAAUAUUCUUUAAUCAUUUUGUCAAACUUGCUUGACCAAUCUCUAAUUGUCUGACUCUUUAGCUGUCUCACUGCUGGUUCAAAAUAUUUUGUCCACAUCAAGAAAAGGUAAUUACUAGAUGAAUUAUAUUGAAAUGUUAUAUUGAAAUGCAAGUUCCUGAAAAUUCCUAGUUUACUCACAGUGGACAUGUAGACCAGUUUCUCACUAAUUUUUUUUGAGUCAUCAUUAAUCAAAGCUUUCAUAUUUCACAACAUUUGAUUUAUGUAAAAAAAUUUUACAAAUUAAUCUUGACAAUAAUUCAUCCUGAUUAUUGAAUAUUUUUUUUUCCCUAAAUGAAACAAUGAAAGAACAAAAACAUAAGGUAGUGCUGAAAUUUAAUUAAUUUUUUUUUAAAAUUGUUUCGGAAUCAUUAUUUUUAUUCUGAGCUUAAACAGCUAAAGUGGAUUCUAUACAUAUGUUAAAUUAUUAUGUAAAUAAGAGAUGUCUUUUUUAAAAAAAAACUGUCUUACCAAUCACAAGUCUUGGACCAGAUGUUAAUGGGUCUAUACACUUAUUCUAUUAUAUCAACGGAUGAUCUUGUAGAUCAUGCCUAAAACCUGUCGUCUGCACCAUGAACAUGGGAUCUGACUUUUCAUGGUGGUUGUUGUCAUUGUAUGUUGGUAUUUUUAAAUUACACCUUACUGAUAUUUAUGAACACUUUUUGAUACAAAAAAUAUACUUUGAGACUUGCUUAUAAAGCUGAGUUUUUGUCACAAAAUGUACACUUUGUCAUUAACAAAACGUUUUUGCUUAUUUAUACCAAAAUUGUCAUUAUUUUUUUUUUUUUUUUUAAACAGUAGUGAUGCCUGCUACUUUCCAU